UGAUUUGGGUCAAGCAACUGAAUCAACAGAAAACAAGCGCAAGAGGACUUUGAAUGGUGUAGAUUCACCGCGAAGCCUCGUAAAGGAAAAACUGGCAAGGAAAAUAAUCAUCAAAGCAGUGAAUUGGGGUCAAGAUUCCACAAGAAAUGGGCCUACUGAGCAAGCACCUAGAGGGCAACCAUCAGUUGUGCCGGCUGUUCCUAAUCCUACUGAUGAGGUUGAAGUAGUGAACAGAAUGAAGCUAAGACGAUCUCCAAAAUUCCUAGUAGAGAUGAUGGAGUUGUUGAACGAGAACCAGCUACAGGCUGUUCGAGACAUGGGAUUUGGACAUCUAAUACACUUUAACAUCACUUCGAUACCGUCGCAACUAGCUUACUGGCUUCUAUACAACUUUGACCCCAUAACCUGCAGUGUGAAGGUGAGAGGUCAAAGAGUCCACUUAACUGAGGAGGACGUCCACAUGACGAUGGGGUUCCCAAGGGGAGAAAUAAUGAUUGUGAGGUCGACUAGGCAGGAUAAUCAAAUGAUGUUAGAUGAGAUUGCAAGUGUCGGAUAUAGGAAUAGAUACAAUAUGUUGCCUAAGUUUCUGCAGACUCAAAUGCUUAAAGAUGAGGAUGGUGGGUUAUGGUUUAGGAGGCUAUUCCUAAUUCUGACGGAGACGCAUUUGAUAGAACCUUCAGCUGAUGGUUACUGCAAGACUAAGCUUCUUGGUGUGUUAGCCGAUGUCACACAUGUGAGAAACUAUAAUUGGUGUGCAUACGUCCUUGAUGUACUUGUUAUGGCCCAACGAAAUUGGAUGGACAACCCAGACACACCAUUCACUGGACCAAUUGUCUUUCUGAUGUCCUACUACGUCGAUCGCUUCAUUAUUGAAACACGAAAGGUUCGGCGUGCAUUCCCAUCCAUAAAAGGUUGGAAUUCCAAGCUGCUAAGGUUGAGGGAGAAACAUGAGCUGGAAUUGGGUGGAUUUGGCUAUGAGGUCUAUGAAGCUAAGUAUGAUCCAAGCAGAGAUAAUGAGGUUGGAUUGACGGUGGCGAAGAAAAAGAAGAAGAGGGCUAUUGUUGUUGAGAGAGGAGAAUCAGCUAAACCUAAAGGUGUUACUGAAAAGGGAGGGACAUCGAACACCAAGGCAGAUGAUGCUGUUGAUCAUGCUACUGAUGCGAUGAUGGCCUUGAUGGAAGCUGCAUCGAACGCCGCAAAGGCUAUAUCAAAGCUGCUUAGGAAGAUGAGGGAGGCACCUGACGAUGUCAAGGGCACUGGAUGCUUCAAAAUAGCUUCAACUGCUGCACUAAAGAUGAUUGGUUUCAAAGAAUCUGAACUCAUCAAUGAACAUGCAGAUCCAAUCGCAUCGAUGACACCGACAAUGGAAGAUGAAGACAUUCAAAAUCCAGCAUGGAUUGAGGCUGUUGAGCAGAUGAUGAAGGUGGUUGAUGAGCGCGUUGCUCUGUGCAAAGAUGAUGACAUCCCUACAUUCGACUUGGGGCUUCGCUUCGCUUCGCAGGAUGAUGCAAACCAGCCGAUCAAUUCAAUUGUCGAGGAACAAGUACCUGGCAUGGAGCACACUUUACACACGGGGGGUGUUAUAAUAUCUAGUGCAGUUCAAGAUGUUUUACCAAAUGAAGAGAAGGAUGACAGUGAGGAAGACAAUACGCAAUUGGCGCUCAACGUGGUUCAUAAUUUAAUUGACGAUUUUGAUUUUGCGACGCCAUAUGUAAGCCCGCCUGGGAAACGUGAGUUCACCACUAGUGGACUGCGAGACAGUAAAAAAUCAGUGGGGCCAUCUAGCCACAAUGAAGCUAUUGCCAUCCAACAUAAACAGGAAUUGUUAGUGAAUGGUAGGAUGGAAAUGCGUUCCAAAGCUGAAAAGAAGAUAUCUCAUGCAUUGAGAUCACCAUACAACCAAAGAGCUAUUAAAUUGGGAAACACUUUAACUCCUACUGAAAGGGAAACAUACUAUUGGAUUCUGAAGUGUCAUGAUGUCUACGAUGAUGUGCUUGUAUACGAUGAUGAUGUGGUUGUUGUGACAAAGCUAGAGUUCUAUUCUUUACUGCCACAUACGUAUGUGUCUUCGGGUGUGAUUAGUGCAUGGUGCUCAUAUCUAAACAACAUGGAAGAAUACAGGGGGCCAUCGUCACCAAAAAGGCUAUUCUUCACCUUAUACCCUUGUGCUAGCACAAUUGUGUCACGCACUAAUCCAUGGGAUGAGGGUGUGGCCACUCAGCUUGCGACGUUUGCGGCGAAUUUAGAUCACGAGGUGAAGCUAAUCCCAAAUUUCAAGUGGGCGGACAUAGAUAUGGUAUUCUUCCCAAUUUGUGCACAUGAACACUACUAUGCGGUGUGCUUCUACUAUGCUUCAAAAAGGGUUAUUGUAAUUGACAACUCAAGUAGCGGAGACUCUGACAACAUCACAGUGAAUUACGGUGUGAUACCGGAAACCUUGAGAACCUUUUUCUGGAAAUAUCUUGGAGGAGUUGGCUGCGUUCAGCAAUCAAAAGCAGUUGAAAAUUCUGCCAUUGAAAGGCUGAAACUGAAAUGGAGUACAAAAACUAACAAGGACGACAGUGGUGUGUAUUUGAUGAGACACCUUGAAACUUACAUGGGUCAGAAAGGGUGUGAAUGGACUUGUGGCCUAUCAAAGAAGAGCAAAGGGGUGUUGCAGAUAUUGAGAGCCAAGUAUUGUACUGCACUGAUGCUGGCAGAAAUAAAUCACGAACACUUCAAGAAUAAAGCCAAGGUAAUACCAUAUUAUGCAAAUGCACUACAGACCGAGAAGAUAGACGUGGAAAAGUUGAUAGCCAACUAUGCAAAAGAAGGAACGAAUCUAUUUAACUAA